CUAUUAAAAUUUGACUCUUUUAUGUGGAGAUCAGACAUUGGCAUAGUUUUAGACCAAGUCUAUUGCUGUAGAAAUUUAAUUGUCGUUGACUAUAAAACGUUUGAUUAAAAGGUAAUUAAUACCGAGGCUAAAAGCAGCUAAAAGCUUUUUAAGCCCUCCAUAGUAGUUGAUUAAAGUAUCCAGGAAAAUGUCUCUCUAUCCUAGUCUGGAGGAUAUGAAAGUUGACCAGUUGGGUAGAGCUCAAGCAGAAGCAUUUAGCAGCUAUAGCAAUCCUCCACCGUACAAUCCUGGGACUUAUAAUGCAGGAGCUGUGUCAGUGGAUGUCGGAAAUGCAUAUCCAUCCCUUGGUAAUUAUAUGGGAUUGGAAUUAAGUGAACUAGUUAUUAAGGAAAAUAUGCCAGAAUAUCUACAACAUCAGCAAAUAUCAAUUUACCAACAGAAUGGAUUUCCAGUAGGUAAUACUACUAUGAUAGCACCUAUUUCAAGUCAAUCGGUUGGACUGCAAAGAGCUCAAGUAACAAAUGGAAUUAGAGAACUCACACUUUGCAAAGAUAAGGACAAUAAGGUUGGCCUGCGUGUGAAAGAAAUAAACAAGGGUGUUUUUGUGUCACUUGUUGUUGACAAGUCUCCAGCUGCUUUAGCCGGUUUAAGAUUUGGUGAUCAAAUUUUGCAAAUUAAUGGUGUUAACGUUGCCGGCUUUUCAAUGGAUAAGGUCCAUGAAUUGCUUAAAAAAAGCCCUGUAAAUGGUAUAAAGGUUGUUGUUAGAGACAGGCCAUUUGAAAGAAAUCUAACUUUGCAUAAAGAUAGCACUGGUGGUCUUGGUUUUCAAUUUAAAAAUGGAAAAAUUGUAACUAUAAUUAAAGACUCUUCAGCUGCUAGAAAUGGCGUACUCAUUGAACAUCAGUUAUUGGAAGUUGACGGUCAAAAUGUGGUUGGAUUGAAAGACAAGCAGAUUAAAGAAAUCAUUGCAAAGGCUGGAAACACAGUAACAAUAACAGUUGUUCCAAGCUUCAUGUAUGACCAUAUGGUAAAAAAGUAAAAUGGCUGGAUCUUUGAUUAAGGAUUUGAUGGACCAUUCAAUCCCAACACUGUAGAUUCUUCUAUGACAAUGAUUUCAUAUUAUGCAUUUUUUGUUUAUAGUACUAUAAUAAUGUUUCUUAUUAUUAUCUAUUAUCGUUAUAACAACUUAUUAUUAAUCAUAGAUGAAUAUCUUUUUUGUUUAUAUAACAGUUAUUUUUUCUUUAUUAAUGCUGUAGGUUCUUUUGUAUCAAAUAUGUGAAACUUUCCUUUAUUCCUGUGCCAUAGUUUUUAACAAAUACUUUUGUUAUUUCCAAGCAAAUAAUUUCUAUAUAUCUUAUAUAUGUAUUAACCAUAUUUAUCAAAAUAACCUUAUAUCUUAUUCAUUGUAUUAUAUAUAAUAUUGACUCUAACAAUACAUUAUUGCUCCCAUGUAAAGCACUGUGGUGUUUAUAAUACCGUAUGAUCGAAAAAAAAGCGUCCAGUUGGCUUGGAAAUGAACAUCAAUGACAUUCCCUACAUAAUUUUACAUAUAAAAUGACAGCGAUCUUCAUUUCAUAGCCAUCGCUGACGCCGUUUUUUUUUAUCAUAUUGUAUAAUCAUAUUAAAAUAGGUAUAUAUCCACUGCAUUAAAACUGAUACACCGAAUAAAGGCCAGAAAUUGGUGUGACAAUCAAUGUUUUUUGUAUCAAACUUUACAUUUUGUCUUAUUAAUACCGCAGACUAACUUAUAAUACCGAAUAAUAAAUAUUCAUAUACACGUAUUUGCCAAUAUAUUUUUCAUCUAUUAUCAUUAUUUUUUAUGUUUAAUACUUAUUUUGAUUUAACAGGACGAUUAAUAUUUUUUCAGUAAUGCAAUUUAGAACGUCCUGAAAUUAUUCCUAGUGACAUGCCUACCAAAGAUGAGAUUUAGGUAUAUGUGAUUGUUAGUGUCAGUUAAUAGAUUUUAGUUUUAUACUAUCUACGUUUAAUAAAUAAAAUAUAUCCAGUCA